AUGCAGCUCGGAUCUCUCAUCCUCACGGCCUUCCUGGGGCAACUGCUGGCAGCUGCAGGAGGAGCCCAGGUACAGCAGCAGCAGAUGGCAGAGACCACCGAGGGCACCGGCAUCAACAUCAACUGCUCACACCCCAAUAUUCAGGGGAACAUGAACCUUCAGUGGUAUCGUCAGCUUCCAGACCAGGCACCGCAUCACAUUGUGACAGGUUUCACCGGAGAUAAACCAGUGCAGGUCCCGCCGGGGCGGCUGUGGGUGUCGGCAGAGCGCCGCUCCAGCGCCCUGUGGCUCGCCCGGCCCCGGCGCGGGGACGCGGCGGUGUAUUACUGCGCCCUGGGAGACACGGGGAGAGGAGCCGGGGCUGCGGCCGGGCAGGAACCGGCGCGGGCGGGGCCGGGCGUGUGUGUCGGGGCCGGGGGGACAGCCCCGGACGGGACCGCCAGGGGGCGCUGCCGCUCCGCCCGCCGGGGCCGCCUCGCCCCAAACGGCCCCAACCGGCUUCUCGCCCCUCGCCGCCUCCCCUGCCCGACCGGCCCCGACAGUGGCAACCCCGCACUCCUAGCGGGACGCACACAGAAAUCCCCCGCCACACUGCUGCCGCCGCCGGGGCAGGAAUCGCGCACGGAGCGGUCGCGGUGUCUGGCGGGGCCCGGUCAUGCCCAAAAGGACUCUGUGCUCCAGUUCCCAGCAGAAAUGACCAUCCAGGUGGGACACAAGGCAACUCUGCACUGCAAUUUCUCCACCAGCGAUUCCAAUCCCUAUGCCUUCUGGUACCAGCAGCACCAGACACAGUCCCCUCAGAUGCUGCUAUGGGAAAACCAGCAGUGCUCAACUGGGAGGAACCCCUAUGUCCCCGAGUUCAUGCUGGUUUCUCUGUCCAACAACUGGGCUGCAGAGUGCUUCAACACUCCACAGACACAGUUCUCCCCCAAAAGCAAGGAAUGA